AUUGUAAAUGUUCUCUCCAGAAACUGUCCGCCCAUUGCAGCUAAUCGAACACAAACGCAAAUAGAGACACCACUCUUGCUCUGCUGCUACACACAGCGGGUGAGGGCGCAGAGACCCGUUCUGGGGAGCAGGCACGCGGGGGCACAGACACACACACUCGCACACGCACACGCACACGCCAGCCUGCGGGCUUGGCCAGAGCCCUGAAGUCGCAGAUCCCACUCGGAAAUCGCCAGAGGCGCUGGGAGAAGUGGAAGAGCGCGGCUUGCAGACUCUAAUUACUACUUUCCCAGCACUCGGGUGAAGAAAUGAAGCCCGCCCAGCUCUUCGCCAUAUCCAGGUCUCCUUUCUAUUUCGGUGUCCACGGUCAUCUCCCUGAAAGCCAGAUCCAGGGAGAAGGAGAGCGGACGGCUAGCUGCGGACUCUAAGCUGUGCAGCACGCGCCAGAGCGGGUCCAACUCGAGCCCGCCAAAGGCUCCUCGCUCCGGCCAGACUCCACCAGAUCGCAGCCCCGGGCGACUAAGUCAGCUACAGGUUUAAAUGUUUAUUUGGACACUUGGCUACUGAACACAAAAUGAAUAACUCAACAAACUCAUCUAACAAUGGCUUGGCUAUUACCAGUCCUUACAAGACAUUUGAAGUGGUAUUUAUUGUUCUUGUGGCUGGAUCCCUCAGUCUGGUGACCAUCAUUGGGAACAUCCUGGUCAUGGUUUCCAUUAAAGUCAACCGUCACCUUCAGACAGUCAACAAUUACUUCUUGUUCAGCCUUGCCUGUGCUGACCUCAUCAUAGGUGUUUUCUCCAUGAACUUGUAUACCCUCUACACUGUGAUUGGUUACUGGCCUUUGGGACCUGUAGUAUGUGACCUUUGGCUAGCCUUGGACUAUGUGGUCAGCAAUGCUUCUGUUAUGAAUUUGCUCAUCAUCAGCUUUGAUAGAUACUUCUGUGUCACAAAACCUCUGACCUACCCAGUUAAGCGGACCACAAAAAUGGCAGGGAUGAUGAUUGCAGCUGCCUGGGUCCUUUCCUUCAUCCUCUGGGCUCCAGCCAUUCUCUUCUGGCAGUUCAUCGUAGGGGUGAGAACUGUGGAGGACGGGGAGUGCUACAUUCAGUUCUUUUCCAAUGCCGCUGUCACCUUCGGCACUGCCAUCGCAGCCUUCUAUCUGCCUGUCAUCAUCAUGACCGUGCUGUAUUGGCAUAUAUCCCGGGCAAGUAAGAGCAGGAUAAAGAAGGAAAAGAAGGAACCUGUGGCUAACCAAGAUCCGGUAUCUCCAAGUCUGGUGCAAGGAAGAAUUGUAAAGCCGAACAACAACAACAUGCCAGGUGGUGACGGUGGCCUAGAGCACAACAAAAUCCAGAAUGGCAAGGCUCCCCGGGAUGGUGUGACUGAAAACUGUGUUCAGGGGGAGGAGAAGGAGAGCUCAAAUGACUCCACCUCAGUCAGUGCUGUGGCCUCCAAUAUGAGAGAUGAUGAAAUCACCCAGGAUGAAAACACAGUUUCCACUUCCCUGGGCCAUUCCAAAGAUGACAACUCUAAGCAAACAUGCAUCAAAAUUGUCACCAAGACUCAAAAAGGUGACUCAUGCACCCCAACAAGUACCACUGUAGAACUAGUUGGGUCCUCAGGUCAAAAUGGGGAUGAAAAGCAGAACAUUGUAGCACGCAAGAUUGUGAAGAUGACCAAGCAGCCUGCCAAAAAGAAGCCUCCUCCAUCCCGGGAAAAGAAGGUGACCAGGACAAUCUUGGCUAUUCUGUUGGCUUUCAUCAUCACCUGGGCACCAUACAAUGUCAUGGUGCUCAUCAAUACCUUCUGUGCACCCUGCAUCCCCAAUACAGUGUGGACAAUCGGCUACUGGCUCUGUUACAUCAAUAGCACCAUCAAUCCUGCCUGCUAUGCACUUUGUAAUGCCACCUUCAAAAAGACUUUUAAACACCUCCUCAUGUGUCACUACAAGAACAUAGGCGCUACAAGGUAAAAGAUCUUUACAAAAGAAGAAAGGUGGUCGAGUGGGGCUUGGGAAGAAGAACAGAGACAAGAAAGCUGUCUGUUUAUAGUGAUCUGCCAUUGCACUUUACAGUCUUGCUACACAUGUGCAGUUAAGUCACUCUAAAGUGACACUCUCACCGUGCCCAUGCUUCAGUUUGAAAAAUAAAUAAUUGAACUUGUACCUUAUAAAUGCUGUUGGUUUAGGAGACCAUGAAAGAGACAUGAAGAAAUUGUGGCUCUAAGAAACAAUCUGUGCUGUCUCCUACUCUCUUGAAGAAGGGCUUCUGAAUCUGCAAUUUCAUGUCUCUGCACAAGACUAACCUUGUUUGUUGUUUCUUCCUGUUGUCCUCAUGUGUCUAGAUGAGGAAGAAAUGUCACGCUACAUGCUAACACAGAGACCUAAACAUAAAGAAGCAGACAUGCAAUGAGUGAUAUGAAGAAAGAAAAUCAAAUAAUAUGCAGAGAUGAUCAGCAGAGCAUUGAGCGUAUUCUAGGCUAUGCCGUGCUCUUUGAAGGAUUUAAGGAUAUAAUCACUGCUUAUUUCUUCUCUCUUCUCCUUUCCCAACAUGAAAAGCAAGAAAGCAAAACAAUGAAAACCCAACUAGGUCAUACUAUUUUUUCUACUAUUUUUGUAGUUUCUGGUUUUAUAUUGUGUAUGGAUAAUACCCGCAGGACUUCUCCUAAAUCUGGCCAGAGUCAACCAUAAAAAUGGGCACUCUGCCUC